GAUAGUGGUAGCAGAGAUGGGAAAACUGGUUUGACAACUAAGGCUGACCAGUCAGAAUCCUUCUUCACCAUAUUCCCUUCCUCUGACACACUAGCACAGGAGCAGCAAGUGAAGUUGUGCAACAAGUUGAUUCUCUGUCAUUCACUAGACGCUCUCCUGUGGGAUGCCUUUCCUAGAAACUUCUCUGGACUCCUGGACAACUUUUUCAGUUUAAACUGAAGCUGGUGAGGCUGAAAGUCGUGUGGAAGAAAGUGUGAAAUAAAGAAGAAUCUGAGUGUGGGACUGACACGUCUGCUCUGACUGCUGAAAGUGAAAGUGAGGACUGAGGAAACAACAAACAGGAGAGAGUUUAUGGUAAAGAUGAAAUGGCUUCUAAACUGGAAGAGGAUCUGACCUGUCCUGUGUGCUGUGGCAUCUUCAAGGAUCCUAUCAUUUUGACCUGUGCUCACAGCAUCUGUAAAGCCUGUCUGCAGCAGUUUUGGGAGAGCAAAGGAUCCAGAGAAUGUCCCUACUGCAGGAGGAAGUGCUCGAAAGAUUUUUAUCCUCCUAACAUAGCGUUAAGGAAUUUGUGUGAGACCUUUAUACAGGAGAAAAGUCAAAGAGCUUCAGCAGGGUCUGAGGUGCUCUGCAGUCUGCACAGUGAGAAACUCAAGCUCUUCUGUGUGGAGGAGAAACAGCCUGUGUGUGUAGUGUGUCGAGACUCAAGGAAACACAACAACAACAAGUUCCAACCUGUUGAUGAAGCAGCCCUGGACCGUAAGGAGGAGCUCGUGAUCAAACUGCAGCCCUUACAGAAGAAACUUAAGACCUUUGAUGAGGCUAAAGUCACCUCUGAUCAAAUAGCUGAACACAUCAAGACUCAGGCCCAGCACACAGAGAAGCAGAUCAAGGAGGAGUUCGAAAAGCUUCACAAGUUUCUACGAGAUGAAGAGGCAGCCAGGAUAGCUGCCCUGAGGAAGGAAGAGGAGCAGAAGAGUCAGAUGAUGAAGGAGAAGAUUGAGAAGAUGAGCAGAGAGAUUUCAACUCUUUCAGACACAAUCAGAGCCAUAGAAGAGGAGAUGAAAUCUGAUGACAUCACAUUCCUGCAGAACUACAAGAGCACAGUGGAAAGAGCCCAGUGCACACUGCAGGAUCCAAAGAGGGUUUCAGGAGCUUUGAUCAAUGUGGCAAAGCACCUGGGCAACCUGAAGUUCAGAGUCUGGGAGAAGAUGCAGAAGACUGUUCAAUACACUCCUGUGACUCUGGAUCCCAACACUGCAAAGCCCAAUCUCAUCCUGUCUGAUGAUCUGACCAGUGUGAGACGUGGUGAUGAGGUGCAGCAGCUUCCUGAUAACCCAGAGAGAUUUGACAAGUAUCACAGUGUCCUGGGCUCUGAGGGCUUUAACUCAGGGACUCACUGCUGGGAUGUGGAGGUUGGAAAGAACACAUCGUGGAAUGUGGGUGUGAAGGCCGAGUCGGCCCAGAGGAAGGGAGACUAUGGCGAUCUGAGAGGAGAGUGGACUUUGUAUUAUAAAGAUGGUAAAUAUGGAGCAGGUGCUACUCCACAGCCCCACACUAUCCUCACAGUGCAGCAGAAACUCCAGAGGAUCAGAGUGCGGCUGGAUUUGGACAGAGGAAAGUUGUCAUUCUCUAACCCUGAUAAUAACGCACGCCUACACACUCUCACACACACUUUCACUGAGAGAGUGUUUCCAUACUUUAAUAUCCCCUGUAAUAUCUCUCCUCUAAGGAUCCUCCCAGUGAAGGCCAUACUUAAACCCUACCCAUAAACUCCUUCCUCUGAGGAUCCUCCCAGUGAAGGCCUCAGUAAGAGUAGAGCAGCACAGUUAGAGCUGAUUCUGCCUCACCAGAGCUGACUCACAUAGAGGGAAGCUGGAGAAAACUGUAUGAUAAAAACAAGGCCAAGUGAACACUGCACUAAUGCCACCUCAUAUGAUAAUGUGAAGCUGAACUGCUGUGUUUUAAAUGAGUGAAGACUUAAAUAAAC